CACGCAGUCUUCCCAGUGCAAAUUUGCGGCUAGAUACUGGCCUUUGAGUGAACAUGUCUGAAGCUCGUGCCGAGUUCCAACGGACAGAGUUGGUCUGUUGGUGCCAGCGGAAUAUUGCAGUGGAGCGAAGACACAGUCUUUUUACAGCGGUCACACAGUCUCUUUGAUGACCUCGCAUCUACUCCGUAAUCACCUAGGUAUUACUAGUUAACGCUCCAUCCGUUUUUAGUUAUCUACGAACGUAGGAUUCAGCGAGUACAACAGGGCAUUGCUUGAGAUGCAGGUGCUGUAUGUACAUGAAUCCUACGGCGUACAAUCUUAUAAAAGGAAUCCACCAACUUACGGUUGUUACGUUCUGAUGUACCGAGUAUCCCAUAGUGAAAACGUGUCCCUCAGUCUUGCUUCCUGCUUCAAGCCUAACCCCUUCAGUCAACUGCCUACCACCGCAUUGCCCUAGAGUCUUGGACUCUGUCUAUCAUUGCCAUGGACCAAGCUGACGCAACAAGUCAUACCGGGAGCACAGAUACAUCGGAGCAGGUGGUUCUUGCUGACUUUCAGGGUCUCGAAAUAGACACAAGACUCUUCAACGACGUACACUUUGGCCGCGCCGCGAGGCUCGUACCCAGCUGCGAUGUAUGGGCCCCGUUUCCUCGACUCCCCGCCGAACUUCGCUUGAAGAUUUGGAUGCAUUUCCUUCGCCGGCACCGCAUGAUUGAGGUUUCGCUGUAUCCGCCCGACGACGACGACGCCUCCACGUACCCCGAUGACCCCGGCCGCCUCGCAGACCUCAUCAAAUCCCGAUACUACAGAGAGCGUAACUCUCUGGGCAACCUUGUCAGCGGGCGCCGCUACAAGAUUCUCAUUGACGAUAAUGGCUUCGCCGCCUCUUUGAACCCGCUCCUCUGGGUCAAUGCAGAGUCGAGGCAGACCGCGCUGGAUUUCUACCGUAUUCAUCUGCCCUUUCCCGGCCUCGAUGGAAAGCAGUUGCUCUAUUUGAACCCCGAGUUCGAUGUCGUCUCUGUCCAAGAGGUGUUUGUGCUGCGGGGCAAUAGAUACACGUCCCGAGCUGGGGCUAUAACCAUCGACUUCCUAUGCGACAUCAGAGCUUACGACCCUAGGCACAAAGGGCUCGCCAAUCUCAUCCUGCCUGGUUCGUCUACGCAUUCGCUUUUCGACCAUGAGGACUAUUGGUGCUUCAACUAUGAAAUCAGAGAUCGCCCAAGAAUAGAGCCCUUCACUCUGGACUUAAUUCACCCCGUCGCAGUCACAUCCUUUUCCGCCAUCCUACGUAGUGGUCUUCGCUCCGUCGUCUGCAACAUCCCGUUCAGGUCACCAGAGGGUACGAGGGAUUUUACGUUUAGCCCUCCAGGGGACCUAGCUAUACACCCUCAUUUUGCAUGGACCCAUCCACUCAGGAGGCGGGGCAUCCCCGUAGGUGCGUUCGACUGGUUUGAGACGGACCCGAGACCGGGUGUCGAGAUGGACAACUUCAUGGUCAACUUCACAGAGAACCCCUACCUGAUCGCCUCGAGUUGGAAGAAACUAGAGGAGCAAUUCGGAAUCCGGGAGCGCGCAAACGACGAUGGGUUCCAUCUCUACAUAAGCCCGACCCUUCGAUGGGAACUUGAGGAUGAGGAACCUGAAAAUCGAGUGCUAUUCAGGACUCUGAAGUUGUGUAAGUGGUCGCGGGCGGCGCUGCUGCGACACCUGGGCUGGGAGGCUAAAGUUUGGGCCGAACAAUACCCCCAUAUUGGAGAGGCUUCCGACAAUCCAGGGCCCUUCAUUAGUCCGGGGCGCAGCGGCACCAUGGGCGAUGCAACCAACUCCGGGACCCUGGACACUGUGCCUAGGACGGCUAUCGGCAUGUGGCUUUUCCCCGUCGAGGCCUUCAAUGAAACCAAUGUGAGAUACGCGCAAGACAAUGGGAUUGGGAGCAAGAGGUCGACCAUUUUCGACCUCUCGGCUAUUCGCCCGGCAUUAUAUCUCUUUGAGCUUGGCGAUUAGGAAUAGUCACUGGCAGUCAACAUCUCUCCGGACGUUUGGCUUACAUCACACCAGCAUCAGGUACCAUUCAUCAACCAUCAAUCGCAGCAGCUCCGAGCCUCGCCCUGCCUACAUGUGCAUUGGACCCUCAAACAUGCACAAUCAACCCUGUCUCCAAGCCAUGUGCCUACCUGUAGAUAAGGCCUC